CCGUGAAUCCCCAGUUUGUGAACCUCUCUGUGUCUCCAGUGUUCCUUAGUGUUUCUUUUGAGGUCAGAAGGUCAUGUCAGUGACACCAGAAGCGGGAGCUUUGAGAACAUCAAACGAGAUGUUUCUACCAGGGUCUAUGGCGGUCUUCUUUACUGCCAGACAUGAUCAUCUUACCAUCAUUGAAAACGUUGCGCCAUCUGCUGGUGAAUGGAAGGAGUCCAACAUUUAAAGAAGUGGCUUCUAUUUCUAAUACGGAAGAAGAACACCAGAAACCACAAGACUCUCCACCAUGAAAGUCCAUCAAACUCUGAUCUGCUUCUUCUUCCUCACUCUGAGGGAUGGAGGGACUGCUUUAUUGCAUACAGAUAUCGGUGUCCGCACAGAAACUGAAGGAAGAAACAUAGAGGUUUCAUGCACCUUCACUGUCUCUGGAAAGAAGAGGAUGUUUUGUAGGAAUGACUGUGAUGAAGAGAUUCUAGUUCAAACAGAUGGUGUCAGAGCUUCAAGUGGCAGAUACAGCAUUGAAUAUAAAGAAUCUGUUACAACUAUCUAUGUGAGCAUCACAAAUCUGACAAAGUCUGACUCUGGAAAGUACAAAUGUUAUUUGGAGAGAGGGUUGGCUCCAGAUUCUAGUGAGACUUUUGAGCUCAGAGUCAUCGAAGCCCAACCACCUACAGAACAAACUCCCUCUUCAGCAGAGACUCCAUCAACCUUCACACUGACGGCAACACAGAGCCCGAACACCUCAGGUGUCACCACACCUUCAUCAGUCUCCUCUGAGACCACUAAGUCUCUGCAGCAGACAUCAGCUUCAGGUAUUCCUCUCUACAUGCGUCUGGUUCUGGUCGUCGUAUUCAUCACGUCAUCAGCAGCUGUGAUGAUAGUCGUCAGGAUGAGGACCAGAAAAGACCCUGAUGAGCAGCCACAUGGCAUUGAUAUCAUUGAGAUGAACCGAGUGAAUGAGGAGGUCAGAGAGGACAGACGAGAGAGUCGAGCUUAACACAUGUCGACACAUGUGUUUGUCGCUCAGCAGCUAAGGUCAAGCUCAGCAGC